AUGUGCAGUCGAAAACGAUCCGAAGCUCAAGCUCAAGCAAAAUCUCUACCAGAACAUCCGCUUCAAAGGCAGCGAUAUUCACAUUCACAUUCACAAUCAAGGAUCCCAUUACAAAUUGUAUCCAAUCCCAGCUCAUUUUUAAAUUCAUCGGAUCACACAUUCUCGAAACGUAGGAAACUUGACCUACAAAACCCGAAAAGCAUGGCUGCCAUUAUAAAAACUGUAUACACAGAUACAAACACACAAAUUGAUGAAUUGACCCGGAUGAAGUAUGAAAAAUUGAAUGAACUUGAUAAGAUUAAAAGCCAAACUUGGAAACUUCAAAGCCAAAUUCCUGAUUUAGAAUUAAAGUUGGAUAAAGUCAGGUCAGAAAUGGAACGAGUAAAAUCCAAAUUUAAUUUUAUUGAGCGUCAGAUUAUUGGACUGAACUCAUUGAAAUCACAGAAAGUUGAAAGCUUGAAAAAAUCAAUUAGUAUAUUUAAAAACACAAUGAAAGAGAAGUUUGAUGACAAAGUGAAUUCUUUGAAUGUCAAAUAUGAGGAAAAGAUCACUAAAAUUAUUCAAGAUGGUAUCGAGUCUUUCAAGGCUAAGGAAAAAAAACUAAAGGAUGAAAUAAAGGAUUUGAAAGAUGAACUGGGUAGCUAUUCCUCUGAUGUUUUACAAAUUGAUAAAAAAAAACUUGAUAAGGAGCUACGGCAAGAGCUGGAUAAUUAUACCAAAACUGAAAAUAUAGAUAUUAGGCGAAUUAAAAGUGAAUGCAAUGAGUUAACCUUGAAAAUUGAAGACCUGUUUGUCGAUAUCAAGACCUUGCAUGACAAAUACGAAACUCAAACUCAAUCUAAACUUGAAAGCCUCAAAACCAUUAGUAACGACUUGUUAAUCCAGCAUGAAGAAAUACAAAUCCAGGAACGUGCCUUAAAUAGUAAAAUGAAUGAGCUGAAUACAACGAAAGACGGUGAAUGUAAUAAGCUCUUGAAGUUAAAAGGUCAAUGCCGGCAGUAUAAACAAGAUAUUGAAUCUUUUCAUGAACAAGUAAAAAAAGAAGAGCAUUACAGAAGAUUCUUGCAUAAUCAGUUACAGGAAAUGAAAGGAAAUAUUAGAGUCUUUUGUCGUUUGAAACCUGAACCAAAACACCAAAAUGAAAUGUUUAAUUAUCAAAUCAGAUCCAUGUUAGAUACUUCCAAUUUCAAAGAAACUCUGCUAAUCACAGAACCCAAAACUGCCAAUAGUAAUGGGAAUAAAUCGAGAGUACUUAAACAAGCUAAGACAUAUACCUUUAGUUUUGAUAAAGUAUUUGACGAGAAUGCCACAAAUGGUGAUAUAUUUGAAGAAAUCUCGCAGCUUGUCCAAAGCUCACUUGAUGGAUUCAAUGUAUGUAUUUUCACAUAUGGACAAACAGGUUCUGGUAAAACAUUUACAAUGAGUAAUUCUAUUGAUGGGUUGAUCCCGAGUUCAAUUAAACUAAUGUUUGAAAGGCUGAAUACGUUGAAUUUUAUAGACAAGCAUUAUCAUUUAUACGGUCAAUUUUUUGAAAUUUAUGGUGAUGAUACAAAUGACUUGAUAGAAGAUGGAUUUUUGCAUAUUAAUAAUAAUGAUGAAUUGGUAGGGCUAGAUAAUGAUCGCCUUGAAAAUAUUAAAAUGAUCAAGUUGUAUUCUACCGAACAAAUUGAAGGACUACUAAAACAUGCAAGUGAAAAACGUGCUACUGCGUCAACAAUGGCAAAUGAUGUUUCAUCGAGAUCACAUUCAAUCUUCAAAGUUUAUAUAAUAUCAUAUAACGAAACAUUGCAAAAAUAUGAGAAUAUUGGGAUUUUGAAUCUAGUUGAUUUAGCCGGUUCUGAAAGACUAUCACAUUCUCAAGUAUCUGGCAUUAGAUUGAAGGAGACCUUAGCAAUAAAUAAGUCUUUGAGUGCAUUAGGUGAUGUUAUUGCUAACUUAAAGGGUAAAUCAUCGCACAUACCGUACAGGAACUCAAAACUAACACAUGUUCUCAAAGAUUCGUUAGGGGGUGACUCGAAAACCUUGAUGUUUGUUAAUAUAAGUUGCUUGAAUUCUCACUUUAAUGAAUCUCUUAGUUCAUUGAGAUUUGCAAGUAAAGUAAACAACACUGUACUGAGGAAGUAA